CCGCGCCCGCCAGUGCCGCCGCGACUCCGACCGCGUGCGACGUUUCUUCCAACCAACUCGGGAUGUGAACAUCAUCAAACCUAAAUAAUUUAUCUGUGGCCAAAUUGUGCCGGUUGUUUCACUAAAGUGAUCGAAAAUGUAACUUUUACCGAUUCGCGUGUUUUAUUUUUUGUAUUACCGUAUAGUUUUUGUUUUAUGAUUUGGUUUAUGAUUAUUUCUUCGAUAUUGCAAAUAUAAGCACUUGACAAAAGAAAUAGUGACACCUUAAAUUGUGUUGUGAAAAGUUGUGUGGUUAUAGUUACGAUAGUUAUAAAUCCGUGAGUUAUCGAUUUCCCAACACUGGCCUCGGCUGAACAGCUGUUCGGGAGAGUCAAACGGAAGUGUCUCGCUCGCGGUAUCAAAAUCAAAAGCUUUGGAACUCUGGCCUAGGCCUAUCGGUACGCCUAAAGUUUUAUUUCCAAUAUUAUGGGAAAACUUGUGUGGUGAUAACGUGCCAAACAGAAACCCUGAGCAGAAACCUAACAUUGCUAUUUUGGUGUGCUGACUACACCGAUAUUUGUGACAAAUCGCUAAGUGUUAAUUAAAUAAUUAAUAGUCACUUAAAAGCAUUUACGAAGUGUUAGACACGUGUGAUUCUAAUUAAAUAACAAAGUUUUCCAAGUUUAGAAAUUCAAACAAGUGAGAGUAAAGUGGGCGGAAGUGUUUUGUCGAAAAUAUCUCAAAAUAAUUGGAUUCCGUGUUUGGAUUUGUCUCAUGAUCGUAGACUGGAUCUAGUCAAUCAGGCAGUGGUGGAUAACCUAAAGAGAUGCUGGGUGGGGCGGCGGGCGCCCGCUCCCGCCCGCCCAAUGACCAACCAGGUCAUGCCCGGUUCCCGGUGUAUUCGCUGUUCCCGCAGCAGGGCAAUCGAUCCACGAUACACAAAGUAACAGAGAGUCUGUACUCGACGUCGCUAUCGGCGUUCGGAGUGCCGACCCCGCCCCCGCACUCCCCGUACUCCCCUCUACACCUGGAGCUGCUGAAUACCUGCCAGCGGGUCACCUUUGAAAAUACUGAAAAGGACCAAAAAAUGGAGGACGGCAAACUAGGAAUGCAGUGCGUGACAGAAGCUUCAUGCUGCCCCACGGAGCUGCAGCGGCAGAUGCUGGAAAAUGUGACCAGCGGCAUGCAACCGCUGGCCGUCAAGACUGAGCAUGCGCGCCGCACGUGCUGCCUCACUGGCUCCCCUAAAAAGUUGAUGCAGGGCUCUGACGGCGGCUGCAGCCGGACCAACCCCGUGACCUGGGUGGGGCUCGCGGGCCAAAACCUCCAGGUCCAAGUCAAGAGGGAACCCCAACACAUGCACAUGUCAGAACUAGUAGCUGUCAAACUGGAGCAGGCGUCGCCCGGCAACAAGCCGGACCAUCACCCGCCCACCAUACCAGCCUCGCUGAACAACGGUUCGAUUCCCGUCGGUAUAGCAGUGGCACGGCAGAGAGUGGGCGAUGCCGGCCUGCUCGCCGCGCUGUCGCACAAAGACAACCAACACCGCAUGCACGACAUCGGACCAGCGUCAUUCUGUUGUCAUUUCACAGACGCGGCGCAGGCGGCCAUGACGGUGGGCGUGGCCAACGUGCUGUGCGAUGAUCGCCCCGCCCCCAUGGCGUGGCCGGCCCCGCCCCAGCCCGCUCCCUCCGCGUCCCUCUGGCAGUACCCUACCGCUCAAGUGGCGAUGGAGAGCAUGAUGGUGGGCGGCGUGGGCGUCGGCGGAGUGAACUCCUUGGGCGGAGGAGUCUCGUCCAUGGGCGGCUUCCAGCUGGUCCGCGACCCCGCAUCCGGGGCGCUGCUGCUGCUGCCCACCCCCCCUGACUUACCCCACACGGUGGUCUGGGGCGGCGUCCCCUACCCGUCUGCUCCCCUGAUUCUCCCGCCCGCUCCGCACCCGUCCCACCACCUGCAGCUGCUACCAGGAGACAUCCUCGCGUCCACCGCCACGCUCCAGCACACGCACACACACAGCACGCGCCUCGUCACACUCGCCCCCGCUCCGCCCCCGCAGCAGCACCCCAGCCACGCCGACAAGCGGAAACCCAUGAUACAACCUCUCAUAACUCCUCACACCCUGAUCAAGAUAGAACAGGAGCCUCCGCAAGAGAAGCAGCAGACGUUCAUGCCCGAGCCGGUCCAGCAGCCGAUGCUCGCGGCCACGCAUCUGUACUACCAGCCGGAGUUCUCGGAGCAAGCUUGCCGCAGUCAGGCCACUUCCCCCGCCGCGCCCCCCACCCCACCCCCUGAGGCUCACGAGUCCCCAGCACACAAGGACGCCUCCAACCAAACCGACCACAUAGACGACGACGACGAUGAGUCUCCGAACCAUGCUGAUGAACACGAGCGGGUAGCGUGUGUUGGAGUCGCGCACUACCCCGAAGAUAGUCACAUGCAAACCCUCCACCCGUCGUCUAUUGAUAGUGCUGAGGAUUCAUCUUCGGAAGGGCUGGCCACGUCAGCAGUAGUGGGAGCGGUAGAAAAAGCAAUAGACGCUAUAGAAAGGGAUGAAGCGUUAGAUAACUCAAGUAGCGGAGCGUCGAAUGACUUGGUGAUUGACACCGGGAGAAACUCCCCAGUCUCACAGACUUCAAACUCUAGGCAUCAGGUUGACGUCAGCGGCUUAGAGCUGCUAUCAAAUAGUAUAGAACAGUUUGAAAGGACAACUCCCGGUACAUGUAUGCCAAGUUUAGAGCCGGUACAGUUAACAGUGGACACUAGAACUACGACUAAAGUUAUGAUAAAGUGUUCCCCGAAGUCGCCUCCGCCAACUGCUGAUGCUGAACCUGUUAGAAGAUUUGAGUUCCCUCCACCAGAGGGAAUGUCCGAGAAUGCAAAGCCAUCCUUAGACGGAUUAGGAUUGUUAUGUGCUCUAGCCGAGCAAAGAUUUAUGGAGGAGGUAGUAGAAAGCCCCUCUAUAAAUGCACCUUCGUCUUCCCGACCUUUUAUUAAAAGUGAGCCGUUAUUGAGUCCCAUAGAUAGGCACAGGCCAACACCGGAAUUAGAAACUGUGAAAGACCGUCACAGAGAUGACUCUUCCAGUGAGAGGCGAAGGAAGCGCAGUCGAGACCGGGAAGACCGCUUGAGACACAAGUUAGAAAAGAUGCGAAGACACAAGCGUGAGAGAGAAGAAGAGAGAAAUGGCGGGGAACUGGAAGCGAGUUUGAGGCGAGUGACGACAUGUCCAUGUGGGACGGCCAACUGCUCGCACGUGUCGGCUGCACCGGCGGUGUCAGCACAAGACCUGGUCAAAGCUAUGGAAAAAGACAUGAGAGAACGAUUGCAAGACCUCCAAAGGCAAUGCGACGAGAAACGAGCACAGCUGAACGCUUUGACUCCGCCGCUGCCGCCAUUAUCCACCCCUUCCGGACCCUCCACUCCAGCCCCCUCGCCUGAUUCCGAUCGGGGGUCAUCGAAAAAGCGCAAAGUGGGAAGACCACGCAAAGUUUCUAGUCCCGAUUCUAGUACAGAAACUAUCGUUGCUAAGAAGCCGAAGUCAAAAAGCAGUCUUGUAGGGUAUCUAUUAGCUAAAGGGAAGUUGAAAGGGGGCAUAGUUUGUUCUAAAAGCGAUUUCCCUAGAGAAGAGAUUAAUCGAACAAGCAAAGUCCGUCCGAAGCUAAAAGCCGAACCAAUUCUGAAGUUGCAUUCUGAAGAGGAAGAACAUGAGUUUGCCCUCAACAAGUCCACUAGUUCCUCGAUGGAAAGCUUAAACGAAGUUCGUCAGAAGAACCGGGAGAAAGUUGACAAAUUAGUUCGAAAACAUUCAAGAGAUGGUCUUCCUGAAUUAGAAUUUGCUUUGAGGCGUGGCAGUGCUUCCAGUGAUAGCGAGAAGGAAAGGAGACGUGCGAAAAAGAGACGAAAGAGUGUCAAGUCUAAAGAACGAACCAGUGAAGAUACAAAAGAAUCACUGGCUAUUCAGGCACCGCAACAGGUUUCUAGAUGCACAUUGACUGAAGAGCUGAUAGAUACAGCUCCGAGAGUGUUGACUGCUAUGGGCGGUCUGUUCUACGCCGGCAAGCUAAGCGCAGUGACGGCUCCAGAUGUGUACGCUAUAACAUUAGACGGAGAGAGGGGUAACAAACCUCAUAUACUAUCAAGAGAAGAAACUUUGCGAGACGCUAUCCUAGAAGUGAGUCCGAAUUCCGUGGCAGAGCUAGCGUCUGGGACUCGCGUGUGUGCGUACUGGUCGCAGCAGUACCGCUGCUUGUACCCUGGUACUGUGGCGGAGACGUCAUCUCCGGACCCCCACGACGACAAGUUUGUAGCCGUCGAGUUCGACGAUGGGGACUCCGGGAGGAUAGCCAUUGAGGAUAUCAGGCUGUUGGAGCCGAAUUAUCCUGUUGUGGAGUACCAAAACCCUCUAUUCACACUCGGUAAACGAAGAAGAAACACAAGUGUGAAUAGUGUAGAAGACAAGAAACCAGCCUUAGUAACGAGCGCCGAGACAGCCAAACCCGGACCAUCCAGUGAAAUGGCACCGAACGCUACAGAAUUAGAAGACAGACACCGGGAAAGGAAAAAGCUGAAGAAGCUACGGAAAGAGAAAUUAAAAAGGAAACUUUCAAGUGAGGAUGACCCGUCUUCUCUGGACUACGUUAAGAAGAAGAAGAAGAAACACAAAUGCUGUGAGGACCACUGCAAACACAGAAGACACCACAAAAAGCACCACCGGAAACACAGGAAAAGGCAUCACUCCAGCUGCAAAGAGCAGUCCAGUUCAUCAGGUGACGACCACCAGAAGAAGUCAUCGUCAGAAUACGCGGAUUCUAACAAAGAGGGUUCCGUUGAUUCAAACGAGAGGUUGUCUACUCUUGUGGCAAUGGAGAAGUCACCAGAUGAUAAGAUGAAGACAGUAAUCAAGAAAGCUGUGUUAACCAAGAGUUGUUUUGUGAAAACGGCUGUGUUGGACGUUAGCAAGUUGGGCCGCACGAGUGUUAAAAAGGAGAGCAAAGACAAUUUAAAAGACAGUGGUAUUGGAUUGGAAGAAGAGAAUCCUUCUACAAGUGAUGUUAUUAAAAAGAAGGUGAAACGCCGGACAGUGUCUUCAACAUCAUCAGACGGCGGCAUGACCGGUGGGGUCAGUAAAAUGGCCGCCUUUCUGCCCGGGGGUGCACUCUGGCGGUGGUGCGGCCCGGUCUACAGGAGAACGGCUAAGCCACGGCUGAAGAAACUGUUCUAUAAGGCCAUACAGAGAGGAGAGGAGGUUAUUAAUGUGGGCGAUGCAGCAGUAUUCCUGUCAACGGGGCGGCCGGACCGUCCCUACAUAGGUCGUAUAGUGGCGCUAUGGGAGGCGCGGGGAGCCAUGGCUGUGCGCGUGAAGUGGUUCUACCAUCCAGAGGAGACUAUUGGACUGCCCGAUCAGUUGAACUAUCCGGGUGGCCUUUUCGAAUCCCCUCAUACGGAUGAAAACGACGUGCAAACAAUAUCACACAGGUGUGAAGUAUUGCCUCUAGCCCAGUACAAGGAUCGCAUGGGAGACGACCCAGUGAAAUACAGCAAUGUAUACGACAACAAUGACGUUUACUAUCUGGCUGGAAAUUAUGAUCCUACGCAACAGACUUUGAAAAUGGAACCGGACAUUCCUUUCGCGGCAAAGUCGAGCUCCUAGGAUCCCAUGCCAGCCUAGUACCAGUAGAGAGUUGUCAAACAGUUUUGGUAAGUGUAGUUUGGAUAACAGAUCUUGAUCGUUGCUCUUUAAGUUUGAUUUAGUGGUUACAGCAUAAUUUUCGUAAUUAUUAAUAAUGUUUUUGAAAUCACUACUUAAUGUUGUAGUUCCGAAGUAUCCAAGCUAAGUAGAUAUUUCCUAGCUUUUUGUCCGUCAAUAUUAGACAGGUCUUGAGUACAAGUAGAUUUUGAGGCUCAAUAGUGUCAUUUUAAUAAAUCCGGUUCAGUAGUGACGAUUUUUAUCGAUGUUUAACUAAAUACAAGUUACCUUUGUUACAUUUUAAUAAGUGAUCCUUAUUGUCUGGAAUGUUUUCUUCGGGCCGAGUGUAAAAUGUGAAUGAUGAGGACAAUAUUGGUGGUAUUGGUGAUGAAAGUCGGUGAUGGUGCCACAACAUCGGUGGUGAUAUGUGAUUUAUUUUUUAUACUUGUCUCAGUGUUAGGUUGUAGUAUACGUUGUAUCGUGUACUCUAUUGUAGAUUUUUAUGUACGUAGUGUUUUUUUUCUAAAUAUCUAUUCUAUCUCUUAUAUGCAAUAUAUUCUCAGCUAGUCCGUUAAUUUUUAUUCAAAAUUGACCAGUGAUUUAUUUAGUCAUGUUUCAUGUGGGAGUGUUUUUUAAAAAUAAAAUUGGAUUUCAUUUACGCGAAGUUAUUAAUCUGUUAGUUCUUACUAUUGUUUAUUUCGGUGAUAACAUUUUUAUUAUAUAUUUUGUUUAAUAAUUUUAUUUUGAUUAAAGUAUUUACACUUUAUAUCGAAAUGGUGCUAGAUGUUCGAUACGGUUCGUUUUUUUCGCUGUAGAAUUGUAGAUAUGAGUACAGUAUAAGGCAGAUAAAUCUGACCCCUCUCAGGAGCC